ACUUCUUCUGACAGAGGCAGGAAAAACAAAUUGAAAAAAGCCUGUCUGCUGGUGCGGGGCGUUGGAGUAGGAAAUAAACCCACCCGGAUGUGUCUCCGAAGACGCAGCGGAUACCGCCCUCCGGACCUGAUUCAUGCCGAAAUU